AUGGCGAGACACACCAGGAACUCCAGCGAGCAGGGCUACAGUGGCCUCCAGACCGGCCUGGCGCCGUCUCCCAUGUACGCCCCGUCCCGCAUGCUCCCGGGAAACUACUACGACGUGCCCUCGUCCUCGUCCUCGUCCGCCAUGCCGAUUCCCCCGCCGCUCGCUACUCAACACCCUUCUCAGCAACAAGCCUACGGCCCGUACUCGACCAGCGCUCCGUCGCCUACUCUGCCCAUGCCCCCUUCCAUGGCCCAGCCGUCCCAGCACCGGCCCAGCUCGGGCGCCUGGAACCCGCAGGACGACCAGCAGCUGCUCCAGGCGCGCAUGCAGGGCCUCAACUGGAACCAGAUCAGGGACCAGUACUUCCAGUCCAAGACGCCCAACGCCUGCCGGAAGCGCCACGAGCGGCUGAUGGAGCGCCGGGGCGCCGACGACUGGGACGCCCGCAAGAUGCAGACGCUGGCCAAGGAGUACAUGAGCAUGCGCAAGGAGAUCUGGAGCGGCCUGGCUGCUCGAACCGGAGAGAAGUGGAGCGUUGUCGAGGCAAAGUGCAUGUCCAACGGCCUCAAGAACCUCCAGAGCGCCGCUCGCGCAGCCUCGCGCCGUGACCGUCUCGAGACGGGAGCUUCACUCACAGGGUAUGACGACGAUAGCGGCAUUUCCGGCAUCGGCCUGACCCCCGUUGAUGAACUAGACGCGUCCUACAGUAGCCCUGCUACAAGCUCCUCCGGCGCACACUCCUUUUCCAGCUCCGCCAGCUACCACCAGCAGCAGCAGCACCAAAGCCAACACCAUCAUCACCAGCAGCAGCAGCAGCAUCUACAGCCCCCUCACUCUCACUCCCACCUCCACCCUCAUUCCCAGCACCACCAUAGCUCCUACGGCAUGGCUGCUGCUCCCGUUUCAACGGCCAGCAUGAGCCACGGCUACGUGUCCCGCGGCGGCACCGGCACGAGCCAGGACAGCAGCCCUUACUUGGAUAGCCAGCGGCUGUCGACCGACAUGGGCAUCGAGUCUCUCGUUCACCGUCCCAACGGGGGCAAAUUCUAA